AUGCCAUCCAACAUUCGCUCUUCUGGAAACUGUAGUUCCCCCUAUCUUGGGAGUCACUGCCAUGUUCCUGUUACCUCAUCCACUACUCUCUAUGCUGCUGGUAUGAACUGUGGUGAUGCUCUCUCCUUGCCCAGCCAAAACAGAACAUGGCUACUGGACAACUUCUCAGAGACAUGUGGUCAACCUUCCAGCUACCAACCAUCCAGCUGUGUGCCCAGAGACUAUAAAAUUUCUUGCUACCCCUCUACUACGUACUGUACCUUCAAGUCCUGCAGAGGAACCGGUUUUCUUCCCAUCAGCUCUUAUCUUUCCAGUUCCUGUCAACCGUCAAUGCAUAAUAGACCUCAGAACUGUUUGUCUAGGCAUUCCCGCCCCCAGAACCACCUCUCUUAUGGCUAUCAGCCACAGAACUUCAUCUCCUGUGGAUAUCGACCCCUGAAUUUUGUUUCUGGCACCUGUAAUCCUGUGAGAUAUCUCUCCUAUGGCUGUCAACCUUUCGGUUAUGCAUCCAGCAACUUCAGACCCCUGAACUAUGUGUCUAAUAGAUUUCAACCUGUUCGCUACAUACAGAACAGUUUCCAACCAGCUUGUUCUUCCUUUGGGACUCGGCCAUCUCCAUUUAUUAGAAGAUCAUGCUGA